AUGAAGGAGUGUGGCCUCCUCAAUGGUGCAGUGGCUGGCAGUGAGUGCAUGCAGGCGACGAGAGGAAGGGAGGGUGCAUUACCGCGUGUUGUAAGAGAAGAGUUGGUGGUGGGGGAGAUGACAUCUGAGGUGGCACAGCAUGGAAGUGGUAGAGGCAGUCAGACGUCACGCAUGAACGAUGGUGGCGAAGGUUGUGCUGAUUGUGAUGCAGUUGAGGGUGACGAUGAAUGGAGGAAGGUGAGGAUUGUGGAGGUGGGUUUGCGCAUACAUGUGAGAGUAGAGGUGGAAGCAUCGUACGGAGUAACUGCCAAGAAGUCACUAAUAUUCCAGUUGGUGCAACAACUGAAGGAGACAAUUUGUACUGCUGCUACUGCUGCUGCUGCUGCUCCGCCUCCGCCUCCGCCUCUGCCUCCUCUCCUACGACGAACACACUUUCUCACUCCACCCUCCCAUUCCAUCCCCCUUCUCUCUGCCACAGUGUACCCACCAACUCAUAGUCUGCACUCAAUAUUGCCCCCCACCCUGCCACCAGCCACAACGCCUCACUCUAUCACAUCGACGGAAUGUCAAGAACUGGAGCAAUUGUCGAGUGUCCUGCGUGAGAUUGGAGUGACACACAUGCAACGUGACAACAAAGCACAGUGGUGGUGUGUCGGGUGGAGUGGUGGUGGAGAUAAGUGCGACCAGCUGAAAACGUUGGGCGAGUGA